AUGGCGCAGCAGCUGUGUAUUACAAAUGGUGAAAUUCAGGAAGAGGCUGCUUACUCUUGUGCCAGAAUAAUGAACGAAGGGCUGAAUAUAAUGCAACUGGUCAUCCAAAUGCAAGAAAGACAGGCAGAACAUUUGAAAUCCAUGUUCCCAUCACCUGCGUCUUCUGUUAUGAAGAUAUCUGUGCCCAGUGGAAUUCAGUUGUUCCUUCUGACUUGGUGUGAACAUCACGGAUCUCAUGUCAACAGGCCCUGGACCCUUCCCUCUUGUGUUCGUGCAUCUUUGUGUGCUGCUUCUCUUGAUUUAAUGCAUGCACUGUGCAAAAAUACCAGCCUGUCCGUUGGUAAACAGCCUUUUGGAGUGACAAUUUUUUCACCACGAUACAAUCCUCUUAAAAAUCUUUCUGCCAACCCCCAUCCCCUCGCUUUGGGUCAAACCGUGGUGGAGGUUGGGGGUGGUGGUCCUCCUCCCAAUAAGAAGUUUGGGAAUCCUGGUGAAAGAUGCGCAAAAAAGAAAUGGGAUUUAGAGGAACUUCCUAAAUUUGAGAAGAACUUUUAUGCUGAGACACCCUGAAAAUGCAUCUUGUUUCAGUUUGAAGUUGAGGAAUAUCGCAGGAAAAAAGAGAUCACUGUCCGUGGAUCUGGAUGUCCAAACCCAAUUGUCAGUUUUCACCCCAAGCACAGUUUUCCAACGUACAUAAUGGAUGUGCUUCUAGAACAGAACUUUUCAGAGCCUACUUCCAUUCAAGCUCAGGGCUUCCCUUUGGCCCUAAGUGGUAGAGACAUGGUGGGCAUUGCACAAACUGGCUCUGGGAAAACACUGUAGUACCUGUUGCCAGCUAUUGUCCAUAUUAAUCAUCAGCCUUACCUGGAACGAGGAGAUGGCCCAAUUUGUCUUGUGUUAGCUCCAACAAGAGAACUGGCUCAACAAGUGCAGCAGGUGGCGUAUGACUAUGGAAAAACAUCACGCAUCAAGAGUACUUGUAUAUACGGGGGUGCGCCAAAGGGUCCUCAAAUAAGGGAUCUUGAACGAGGUGUAGAAAUAUGUAUUGCCACUCCUGGUCGUCUUAUAGAUUUCCUUGAGGCUGGAAAGACUAAUCUGAGACGCUGCACAUAUUUGGUUCUGGAUGAAGCUGACAGGAUGUUAGAUAUGGGCUUUGAACCUCAAAUUCGCAAAAUAGUUGACCAAAUCAGGCCAGAUCGUCAGACUCUUAUGUGGAGUGCAACCUGGCCGAAAGAAGUUCGACAGCUUGCUGAAGACUUUUUAAGAGAGUAUGUCCAGAUAAAUGUUGGUGCACUAGAGCUGAGUGCUAACCACAACAUUCUGCAGAUUGUUGACGUUUGUCAAGAGAGUGAAAAAGACAACAAACUUAUACAGUUGAUGGAGGAGAUAAUGGCAGAGAAAGAAAAUAAAACAAUUAUCUUUGUCGAAACCAAAAAGAGAUGUGAUGACCUUACACGAAGAAUGCGAAGAGAUGGGUGGCCUGCAAUGUGCAUACAUGGAGAUAAAAGCCAGCCUGAACGUGAUUGGGUCUUAAAUGAGUUUCGCAGUGGAAAAGCUCCAAUCCUUAUUGCAACAGAUGUGGCUUCACGUGGAUUAGAUGUGGAAGAUGUAAAGUUUGUGAUAAACUACGAUUACCCUAACUCCUCAGAAGACUAUGUACAUCGUAUUGGCCGAACAGCCCGUAGCACAAACAAGGGCACGGCCUAUACCUUCUUCACUCCUGGCAACUUGAGACAGGCUAGAGAGCUUAUCCGUGUUUUGGAAGAAGCCAAUCAGGCUAUCAAUCCCAAACUGUUGCAGCUAGUGGACACUGGCAGGGGAGGUGGAGGUGGCCGUUCACGAUAUCGUAAUGUUUCAAAUUCAAACAAUCCAAACUUGAUGUAUCAGGAAGAAUGUGAUCGUCGUAUGAGAGGAGGAAUGAACAAAGAUGGUCGGGGCAACAUGGGAGGCAGUAACUUCAGAGACCACAGGGGAGGGGGCAGUGCCAACAGGGACCACAAUGGAGCUGAUCGCUCAUAUGGCAGAGACAGAGGCAGAGAUCAAACCAGAGGGAACUAUGCCACAGGAGCAAAUGCCACAAACUAUGGGGGAUCAGGAGGAGGCCAUAACAAUCAAGGAUAUGAAAAUCAAUACCAAGGUUAUGGUCCUGGUGGCGGUGCUGGAAACCAAGGUGGUUAUGGUAGAGGUGGGCAGCAGGGUGCUUCUGGUGGCAUUGGUGGAGGCAACAUUGGAGGUGGUGGUGGCAAUCCAGAUCAGGCACAACAGCAGCCUCCACAGUCUCAGUAUGGUAAUAUGGGUGGUAGACCAGGUCAGGGUGGUCCAUCUGGUCCGCCUCAGCCUCUCAUGGCCCAACAGUUUGCUCCACCUCAGCCGCCUCCAAUGAUGGGAUAUAUGGGACAGGCUCCUUUUCAGUACGCACCCCCACCUCCUCCUCCCCCACCUCCACCAAGAAAAUAAACCAAAUGACUAAGUUGAGCAGAACUGGUUGAGUGUGUUUAAGGAAAAUGUGUGGGUUUGUGUUAAUACUUACUCAGCUGAAUGGUAAAGUUUUAAAUUUAGUUAUUCAAAGUCAUACUUUCUUGACUCCCUGAAAAGUCUGUUAAACAGUCUUUGUUAUGAGUCACUCUAAACAGUGUGCACGUAAGAAAGAUGCCCUUAUUUUGAAGUGUGUGACCCUUAAAAUCUGUAAGUGGAUGGUGACACCCAACAGAGACAGCAUCUCACCGGACAAGAAUAGUUUUAAGAAAACUUAAAUUUUCUAAAGCCGAUUGCUAACUUCUCAAGCAGUGUAACUCAGAACUUUGUUUAUUCCCUGAAAAUGUCGCGUUUGAAUUUAACGAAUACCCGAUAUUUAAUCAUAAAAUUAAGUUUCAGAAAUUCUGGGUAGGUAUAAAAUUGUUUUAUACUUGUGUUGAUUUCCCUUUAAAAUAAAAUGGCAAUUUGUUUUUCCAAGUUAUUUGCAAGGCUGAAAGAAAUUUUUUUUACAAUUUUUUUAUCCAAUGAUUUAAGGUUUAUAAUCUCCAAUUCUGUUGUAUGUGAUGAGCAUUAAGUUACUUGUUUAGGAAUUUUUGUACGUUUGCCUGACAUCCAAUCCCCGCCCCAGUUUUUCCCAUUUUUCUUCCUUAAGCUUAAUGAAAACUUUUAAGAGGCCACAGGUCGGUGUUUACUUUGAGGUUUGUGUCCCUCCAGUGAAUAUUCUGAGGUUGGCACAUGCGAGGAAGAUAAAGUGAAAACUUUUUAAUGUAGUUCUGGAUUUUUUUUAGUACUCCCAGACUAUUUGAAGUAGAUGCAUCUUUAGAAAAACAAAAUGUAGUUCAAACUACCAGUUAAAUGGUAGCAAGAGGAAGGAAAAUGUUUUAUUCCAGUUAAGUGUGUGUAUUUCUGCGUUUAAUUCAGUAAUAUUUCUAAAGACCGUUUGAAGGGGAAAUGGUUUAUACUUGUUAUCCUUGGCUGCACCUAUCAGAAGCUGCUUUUUAAAUGCAUUUUAAAUUUAGAUUUUGUUUUACAUUGUCAACCUUUUUCUUUAUUUCAAGUACUGUAAUAGCCAGGAGGAGUUUAAAAGAAUCACUAUUAUUGUUGCACCGCAACCCAUUUAGUUUGCAAAUUACAUUAUUUGAUUUUGGUGUAUUUAUGUACAAAAUCAGUAUUUAAGACAAACUGGACAGUCUUUAACCGUAUCAAAGUGGACGGAACAUCCCAUGUGAAACUUUGGUUCAUCUGUGUAGUAAAGGUAAGGCUUACUUUGAAGGAAAACAGCAGAGCUUGUUGGGUGGCUUCAGUUUUGUUUUUCUGUGCCCUUUGAUUUGUAGCAUUGCUUUAUAGGAAUCAAAGUAGAUUUUAUGUUUGUUGUGCAAUUCAAUCCUCAUUGUCCAUACUUUUGAUACUGUAUUGCAUUUUGUAAGCUUGAAAUACAAAUAAAAAAAAACUGGUACAAGUAA